GGGACCAACACCAGCUCCCAGGGUUCUUUCUGGUCCCAGCACCACUGACUGAAAAUAAACACUGCGAAAGGAGAUUAAAUUGUGAGAAAAUAAUCUCUUAAGUGUUUGUACAACCUGGUAUAAAAAUGACUGCCCUAGAAGACGUCCUGAGAAAAAAGCUGAAGAUGAUCCAUGGCUGUCCCAUGGUCUAUGCGUUUGCAAACAACUGGGAAAGGAUUGAACAGUUCCACAGUAGGCCAGAUGACAUCGUGAUAGUCACUUACCCCAAAUCAGGUACCACUUGGGUUAGUGAAAUUGUGGACAUGGUUAUAAAUAAUGGAGAUGUUGAGAAAAGUAAGCGGGAUUUUAUAACAGUUAAAGUUCCAAUGUUGGAAGUGGCUACCCCUGGACCAAGAACUUCAGGAAUAGAACAAUUAGAGAAGAAUCCUUCCCCCCGGCUUGUGAAGACACAUCUACCGAUUGAUCUCCUUCCUAAGUCUUUCUGGGAGAACAACUGCAAGAUGAUUUAUGUGGCUCGAAAUGCCAAGGAUGUUGCAGUUUCAUAUUACCAUUUUGACUUAAUGAAUAAUUUGCAACCUGACCCUGGCCCCUGGGAAGAGUAUCUGGAGAAGUUCAUGACUGGAAAUGUGGCCUACGGUUCCUGGUUUAGUCAUGUUAAGAGCUGGUGGAAGAAAAAGGAAGAACACCCAAUACUUUUCCUGUUCUAUGAAGAUAUGAAAGAGAAUCCAAAGCAGGAAGUCAAGAAGAUUGUGAGAUUUUUAGAGAAGAAUUUGAAUGAUGAGGUCUUGGAUAAGAUCGUCCAUCACACCUCAUUUGAAGUGAUGAAAGACAACCCUCUGGUGAAUUAUACACAUAUACCAAGUGCAAUGAUGGAUCACAGCAAAUCCUCUUUUAUGCGUAAAGGGAUUGCGGGUGACUGGAAGAAUUACUUCACAGUAGCCCAAAAUGAGAAAUUUGAUGCCAUUUACAAGAAGGAAAUGUCUGGAUCUGCACUUCAGUUCCGCACAGAGAUUUAAAGAGCCUACACUGCCAAUCUGAAGGAGGAAGACCUGAGCAGUAUUUGUUAAAACAGGCAGUUAUGACUUUAUUUGGGCUGUCAAAUGGAUUUAUAAAGGACAAAAUGUGCUUUUAAAAUGGAUUUAUUUUUUAGUGUCAUUAAUCAGGUCUCAAUUUCACUCCUGACUCUGAGCUUCCAAAUUCCUUAAAGUUUAGGCCAAUUUUUUUGGAUAUUCCUGCCUUUUCCUAGACUAGCCAAGAAAAUACUUAUCCUACUCAAUCUGUAUAUAUUGUGGCUUAGAAUUAGCCUCCCUAUUUAUGGUCCAAGAAGUGCUAGUUGCACACUGACACUAUAUUUCCCAGCUCUGCCCCAAUUUCCCUUUGUUGAAAACUUGACCCAAGAUACCAUGUUCAAUGGCUGUCUUCUGGGUUUCAAGUUUUUCCUAGGUCAUAGAUCAUCUACUCACAGUGCCACUAUUUGGAUAACACAGUUCAUGUCCCAGAUGAUGUGGUUCAGAUUUUGGAAAUGUUCCUAUACCUAAUUUCUAAGCAUCCAAAUGUUUAAUUUCUGAGGAUCCAAUUUCUGGGUCUCCACAGGUGAAAGGUCUAUACUGGCCUCCCUGAGACUCCCAUGGGAUCUGUGUCUCUGCUCUGAGAGUCUGGACUGAGGCAGCAACCCGCUUCCUGUACAAAAUCCUCCCCAGUCUCAACAACUCUACUGAAUUCUGAGAAUUGCCUAUUGUCAUGGUCUGGUCACCAUUUGGAAACUUCAGUUAUCUCAUUUUGUAAUUUUUUUUUGGUAGAAUUAACCAAACUGGUACCGAAGGGAGAUUCUGGUCUGAAUUUCCCUAUGCCCUCCGGACCCCUCAUCCCUUCUGUGUACCAUCCAAUACUUAUGCCCAUCAGUUUGGGCUCUUUGAUAAAAUGUUUUCUUGGGACAUUUGUUUCUCAACUGCAGCUUUGCCUUAAAUGUAGUUAUCUAUAUCUCCACGUGCAGCAAAAUCUCUUGCCUGAAGAUAAUAUUAGCCUGUGACAAAUUGCAUUCCAGGCCCAAGCUCCCAAACUCACUCUUGGUGAUAAUGCCCAGGGCCUUAUUUGUUCUGGGGAAGAAUUCUGAUACAAAAUAGACUCCCUGGGCCAUGACUGAGAUAGCUACAAUAAGUGGUGACAGUGGUUUGCCUUCAUAGGCAAGUGGCUGCCAUCAACCUCUGCAGCUAGAAUAAUGCCCCAAGUAUGUAACUUCUCUCUUUCCUAGCUCCACCAGAGGGUUGAUCUAAUGCAGCUGCAUAUCUCUUGGGAGUGAUGUAUAUAUGAUUUUGGAAGUCGUUGUUUUGAUAAUUUUAUUGUAAUAUGCAUUAUAAAUUACUUUUCUAUGUUCAUUAGAAAUAUGCUUAGCAGUAGUUAAUCUUGAAUACCUAGGGGUAUUGGGAACUAGUUCCAGCUUUCUAGAAUAUGCUUAACAACACAAAGUAAAGCCAAUCACAGAUCUAUUUGAUUUAUUACCUUUAUUAAUAAGUUAAUGUGAUACAUGCUUUCUAUUACAUGGUCUACUUUUGAAUAAAAAAUGUGUCUUUCCAAACUA